AUGAGGCCAAUAACUGAUAUGUUUCUGCAGAAAUUCAGGGAUGCUGUGUCUCCAACCCGAGAGAUCAGCCUAGAUGAAGGAACAUGUGCAUUCAAGGGCAGAGUGUCAUUUCGUGUUUACAAUAAAGAUAAGCCAGAGAAAUGGGGGAUAAAACUCUAUGAAGUCUGUGAAUCCAAAGGUGGUUAUUGCUUCGAAUUUGAGGUGUUCACCGGACGAGAAAACCAGCAGACCCAGGAUAUUACUUACCAUACAGUGAUGCGUCUCUGUGAUCCCUAUCUGGACAAAGGGCAUAUUUUGUACAUGGACAGAUACUACAGCAGUCCAAAGCUAUAUGAUGAACUGUGGAAUAGGGGAACUGUUGCCACUGGGACUGUGAUGGCCAACAGAAAGGGACUUUCACCUCAUGUGAAGGACAAACUGAGGAACAAGGGAGAUAUCGUUGCUUGGCGCGAGGGCUCUCUACUUUGUCUGAAGUGGAAGGACCGGAAAGAUGUGUUGAUUCUCUCAACACAGCACAACAAUGCCACCCAGCAGGUCAUGGUAAGAGCUCAAGGGGGUAGAAGACCCAAACAGAAGCCAGUUGCCAUUCAAAACUACAACGACUUCAUGUCAGGAGUAGAUCUUAGCGACCAGAUGAUGCAGUACUAUGCAUUCAAAAGAAAAACUCUAAAGUGGUGGAAGAAAUUAUUCUUCCAUAUGAUAUACCUUGCUCUUGUCAAUGCAAGAUGCAUCUACAACAAACUGCUUGCUGCAAAGGGAGAUGGCAAGGUGGCUUUGAAACCUUUUCUUGAGGAUGUCUGUGAGCAACUUGUAGAAUCUGCUGGUGUCGACCGGGAUGAUGAUGACAUUGAUGACGGGGACGCCGCGAGACUCGUUGCUCGUCAUUUCCCAUCCCAAAUCCCCCCACAGACAAGAAGCAAAAGCCCACCAGGCAAUGCAAAGUCUGUUUUGCUCAAGCCCAACAUCAGAGAAGAGUAG